AAGGUUCGAUCAUUGUACAGCAACAGCAGCAACAACAACCAAGUAGUAGUUCCGGUAGUUCUACCCAACAACAACAACAAAGUGGCAAUUCAUUAUCGACGACCACGAUUGGUGGGAAAUACAAAUAUAUCUGGACAAUCGGCAACAACAAAUUAUAUAUUGACAUCACAUCAACAACAUUUACCAACAACUAUUAAAACAUUUACUGUUGGUUCAACAACAACAACAACAACAGCAUCGACAAUAACAACAACAACAACAACAUCUGGUACAAGUCAACAGCAACAUUUUAUUGCCGUUUCAUCAAAUGAUUCAUCAACAACAAUAAAAUUACUGCCAACAUCAGCUGGUACCAUUGCCAUACAGCAACAACAACAACAACAACAACAUCAGCAUCAGCAACAACAAUCUGGACAACAUCAAGGAACUAUAUCUUCAAUUAAUCUUUCACAAAAUGCUCAGAUAACUCAUACACCAAAAGGACAUAUCAUCAUUAGCGGUAAUAGUGGUGGUGGUGGUGGUGGUGUUGGCCCUAAUUCAACGACACCAACAUUAUUACAUCAAGUGGUUAGCCACAAUAAUCAAUCUGGAACAACAACGACAACAAAUCCAAAUCAAACAUUAACAUUUGCCAUACGUGCUGCUGGUCAAUUAUCAUCAUCAUCAUCUACAUCGUCAUCAUCAUCAACAACAUCAUCAUCGCAAUCAAAUACUGUCCAUUUGAGUACGUUAACUUUGAAGAAUCCAUCCACAUCAUCAUCAUCAUCAACAACAACAACUAGUAGUGGUGGUGGUGGUGGUGGUGUUGGAAUUCAACAAGUUACCGUACCAAAUACAAGCCAAACAUCCGCUUUAGUAGCAGCAUUAUCACAAUCAUCAUCAUCAUCAUCGAAUAUUGGUGAUCAACAUCAACAACAACCGGGAACAACAACGGUGACAGCAAAUAAUGCUGCCAUUCUACGUACACUUGCAUCAUCAAAUGUUUCAGCUAAAGCCAUACCAAUUGUUUUGAUGCAAUCAUCAAAUCCACAGAAUUCCAAUAUAAUUGCUCAAACAACUUCUGGAACAGCUGUAUCAUUGAUUAAUAUUGGUCAACAUACUGCGGCUAUUGCUUCGAAUAAUCAACAACAACCAUUUCCAAGACCAAUUGUUUCGAAUAAAAUAACAACGGCAACACAAACAUCCGGUGCUACAUUAGGUUCAAUUCUAAGCGCUGCAGCUAAACAAGCUGAUUCACAGCAGCAGCAGCAGCAGCAACAACAACAACAACAAUAUUCGAAUACGACAACUACAUUAUCAUCACCAUCGACAAAUCAAACAACAACAACAACAACCAUAUCGACUAUUGCUAAACCAAAGGAAUCUCCAUUAAUUGAAGCAUUAAUGUCAUCAUCAAAAAAUCAUCAUCAUCAUCAUCGACUACCACGACCACGACAACUUCACAGCCGAAAGAUUCCAAAAUUACUGAUAAAGAUUCGAAUGAUUGAUUUUAAAUUGAUGAUAUCGAUACUGAUUGUUGAUUGUAUCGAUAAUUUUAUUUUGUAAAAAAAACAAAAAUUCAAAGUUCAAAAAUAUCUCAUUUUUUAACAUUUUAUUUCGUUUUUUCUUUUGUAUCAGAAUUCAUUCAUCAUUAAUCAAACAACGGUGUAUUUGAUCUCUUUACAUUUUUUUCCCCUGAUUUUACAUACAUACCUCACAUUCACAUACACAAACACACGCUACUUACAGAAUUCAAUUUUUUUUUGUUUGUGAAACUAAAAAUUUUUUAAUGAAA